GCAGUACAAACAGGGAGGCUCGCGCGCUGGAGCAGGACUACUUCUUCUUCUUCCCUCAUGGAGGAGACGUCUUUUUACCGCCUGCGUCCACUUUGACUCCCGGCAGAGAGAGGCAUACUAGGGUACAAUGUAGCAAGUUGACUUGCUGCUUCGUGAUCAACACGGGCGGUGAGGACCACCGCCCAGCAAACAUCGGGCCCCCACACAAAUGGACAACAAUGCCUAACGCCCCUUCCUGAUCCCUUGCCUGGGUCGCUGGAAGCAUCCCCCAGUUUCUUCACAGCCCCCGUGUCCUCCCGCUGGCGUUCUCGCGAGCAUGGCGACGCCUUUCUUGUGGAAGCUGUCAUCCCAAAAGCUAGGCUUCUUCUUGGUCAGCUUUGGGUUCAUCUGGGGCAUGAUGCUGCUCCACUUCACCAUCCAGCAGCAAGCCAGCCAUGAGAACAGCGCUAUGCUCCGGCAGCAGAUCCUGGACCUCAGCAAGCGCUACAUCAAAGCACUGGCUGAGGAGAACCAAAAUGUCAUUGAUGGACCCUAUGUUGGCACCAUGACCGCUUAUGACCUGAAGAAGACCCUCGCAGUGCUGCUGGAUAACAUCAUGCUGAGGCUGGGCAAGCUGGAGUCCAAGGUGGAAAACAUGUACAACGGCACAGGGAGUAAUCUGACCAGCGGCUUCAGCCCCUCCACAGCCAGCUCCGCCAAUCCGGAAAAAGUCAACGUGGCAGAUCUUCUAAAUGGAGCCCAGGAAAAGUGUGAGCUGCCGCCUUUGGAUGGCUUUCCUCACUGCGAGGGCAAGAUCAAGUGGAUGAAGGAAAUGUGGCGCUCCGACUCCUGCUAUUCCAGUUAUGGUGUGGAUGGAUCCACUUGCUCCUUCUUCAUUUACCUCAGCGAGGUGGAAAACUGGUGUCCUCGUCUGCCAUGGAGGACAAAGAGCUUGAAUGGAGACAUUGAUAGGAGGGGGCAGGCGGAAAUCCGGACCAGUUUUGAAGAGCUGUACCAUGUCAUGUCUAAGCGGGAAGAGUUCCGCUGGAUGAUGUUGAGGAUCAAACGCAUGGCUGAGCCGUGGGUCCGUGCCAUUCGAUCGUUGGCUGCCAAGCAGAACCUGACCAAGCGGAGGAGGAAGAAGGUCCUGGUCCACUUGGGUCUGCUUACAAAGGAGUCAGGCUUCAAGAUAGCAGAGAACGCCUUCAGCGGUGGUCCACUGGGCGAAUUGGUCCAGUGGAGUGAUCUCAUAACCACGCUGUACCUGCUUGGUCACGACGUCCGCAUUUCUGCCUCCCUUGCUGAGCUCAAAGAGAUCAUGCGGCGGGUCAUGGGAAACAAGUCCAGUUGUCCCACUCAAGGUGAUAAGGUUGUUGAACUCAUCUACAUUGACAUUGUGGGCCUGACCCAGUUUAAGAAGACGCUGGGACCUUCGUGGGUCCACUAUCAGUGUAUGUUGAGGGUGCUGGAUUCUUUUGGGACCGAACCGGAGUUCAAUCACGCCCAUUAUGCGCAGUCCAAAGGGCACAAGACACCCUGGGGGAAGUGGAACCUCAACCCUCAGCAGUUUAACACCAUGUUCCCUCACACACCCGACAACAGUUUCCUGGGCUUUGUAGUGGAGCAGCACCUCAAUGCCAGUGACAUCAAGCACAUCGACGAUGUCAAGAGACAAAAUCAAUCUCUAGUCUACGGCAAGGUUGACAACUUCUGGAAGGACAAGAAGAAAUACCUAGACAUCAUCCACAGCUACAUGGAAGUACACGGCACCGUCCACGGCACCAGCACUGUGCACCUCCCGAGCUACGUGAGGAACCACGGCAUCCUGAGCGGCCGAGACCUGCAGUUCCUCCUUCGGGAAACCAAGUUGUUCGUGGGUCUGUCCUUCCCCUACGAGGGUCCCGCCCCACUGGAGGCCAUCGCCAACGGGUGUGCCUUCCUCAACCCCAAGUUCACCCCCGCCAAGAGCAGCAAGAACGCCGACUUCUUCAAGGGAAAACCCACCGUGAGAGAGCUGACGUCACAGCACCCUUACGCCGAGGUCUACAUAGGUCAACCUCACGUGUGGACGGUGGAUAUCGAGAAUCCGGCCGAAGUGGAACGAGCCAUCCGCUCCAUCCUCAGCCAGAAGAUCGAGCCUUAUUUGCCGUACGAGUUCACCUGCGAGGGAAUGCUCCAGCGAGUCAACGCCUUUAUCGAAAACCAGGAUUUCUGUCACGGCCAAGUGAUGUGGCCGCCACUCAGCACGCUGCAGGUCAAGAUGGCGGAGCCAGGGCGCUCGUGUAAGCAGGUGUGUCAGGAGCAGCAGCUCAUCUGUGAGCCGUCCUUCUUUCAACACCUCAACAAGGACAAGGACCUGGCCAGGUUCGGCGUGGACUGCCAGACGGUGGAAUCCAGCGCGGACACGGUGGUCCCGGCCUUCAGCGACAUCCGCCGCCAUUGCGUCUUCCAGUCCGACUUGCUGCUCUUCAGCUGCGCCGGCGCCCACCAGUCGCUGCGCCGCGUCUGCCCCUGCCGUGACUACAUGAAGGGCCAGGUGGCGUUGUGCAAGAACUGCCUAUAACGGCGCGGCGCUUUAAAGGCGUGUUGUGGUAUUUAUUGUUGAGUCGGCACUUCUUCAGGGACGGUCCAGAAGCGGUGGAACAAUGCUUGAAUCGCCAAAAGGGAGCGCCGUGCGCCACAUAUCGGCCUGCAGGGGGCGCAGCGAGGCCCUUUCUUCUUUGAGUCGCUCCACACUGGCAGGCGCCCAGAAGGAAAUAAACCUUGGCGAGUUUUACACUGGAACAAGUUGUGUGUACAAAGACGUCCUCACAGGACACAAAUGUCCACUUGGGGAUAUUUGGCCAGCGAGGCUUAAUUUUUUUUGCUUUCUUUUUUAUUCAUUCCCAAGAUGCAACGUGAUUUUAAAAGGAGACAUGUUGAUGUCAAGGUAGGUAGGGAUGGGUACGCUACCGUAUUUCAACACCUUUGUUGCAGCCAAGCGCUCGGCGGGGAAACAAGCGUGGUGUAGGGGAUGUCGCCGUUUCUCCUUGCCGACAAAGCAAGCAUGCCUGAUAGACUUCACAAUAUGCUAGCUCGAUGCUAAUUUAUAUUGGAUAUGCCAUUAGCAUUAGCCAUUUCACAUGGCGAUAUCAACAUCUCACAAUUUGGCAAUGAAAACUACAACAUAAAUGCACCUUGCAAUCAAACAGCUGGUGUGUAACAGGUACAAUACUUACAGUAUAAACACUUUGCAGGACUCAACCCUUAACGGCAAAGACUAAACACAGUUUGUCUAUACUAGUGUGUUGGAAUUGCAACUGCAUGCAAAAUCUACAAUGUAAUAGUUGCAAAUGAGGCAUAAGUGUAAGAAAACAGCUCACUGGUAAAUAAAACAACUUUAAUAAUAAACUAAGAUUUAUAAAAGGUAGCGUCGAGUAUCGGCGGUAUCGCUUCCCGUAUCGGUUCAAAUGGUACCCAUCCCCAGUGGCAGAUACAGUAGGUUUCUAGAAAACACAAAGGUCUUUGCUUGGUCUCGUUAAUGUAGCGGCAGGAUUGUGGUUGUUCUUUAGUUUCUGUUCUGUCAUCUUCUCAGCCUAGAAAACUGUCAAAUUGUUGUUAAUAUCAUGAUGUCACGUGACCAUCAGGUGACUAAGUGCUGAGUCGUCAUGGCAACGCGUCAGAAAUAAUUAUGUUUGCCUCUCAAUUUAGCGGCAAUCAAAACAAAAGUCCAGGAUUUUGUGUGGGGAGGAAAUGCAUUUCAUUUGUAUUUAAAUAACAAAAAUAGUAACACUGUAUAUUGUUUGUUUUUUGUAAUUUAUUUUGUAUACAAAGGUGUAUGGCUUUGUUUUCUGUUAUCUUUAUUUAUAAGAGGUAUGUCUUUUAUUUAUGGAGAGUAAUUUAAAAAGAACGAGUACAUAUCAUAUAAGAAUGACCACCAGGGGGAGGCAUUGUAUUCUUCUAACGGCUUGAGCAGUAAAAUGGAGGCACUGAAAGUUCAAUCAGUAGAAAAUAUAUAUACAUAUAUAUGUGUAUAUAUAUAUACACAUAUAUACAUAUAUACACACACAUAUAUACAUACAUACAUAUGUAUACAUAUAUAUAUAUAUACAUAUAUACACACACAUAUAUAUAUAUAUAUAUAUACACACAUAUAUAUAUAUAUAUAUAUAUAUAUAUAUAAAAUUAGUGAAGUUGUACCUUACUCUUGUGAUUGUGAUGAAAGUUUGACUUGGUUUUUGUUUUUUAAAGCAGACGCUGACGAGAAAAGUGCCUCAUUUUACUGCAACAGUCAGCAGUUUUCUACAUGGCCUCUGAUGAAGACUGUUUUGUUUUCCUUUUAAAAAGCAUGAGGUGCCUUUUUGAUCAUUCUGUUUGGCCAACUUCUAAACUUGGAUGAGUGUAUUGAACGAUUGCAUCAGUGUGGCGGAUCAAUGAAAGGAUGAAAUUCAUCACUUCUUCUGUUUCCUGCUUAGUUGUCCAACUAGUCAUCAUCUAGUUAGUUCUGGCUGCUAGUAAGUGGUUGACUAGCCUGUACACUUCAUGGUCCCUGAUGUCCUGUGCUUGUUCAAAGUGUAAGCAGACAACAAACAACAAACCUUAUCAUUCAUUGAGUUGCCUUAUUUACCUUUCAUGUCUUUGCACGUCCAUCUUGUUUGUCCAUGUGUAUUUCCCACAGUGGCUUAAACAUUUCUCGCCUGUUGGGAGCGCAAACAUCACUUCUUUAAUUAGACUUCACAUGGAGGUUUAAAUGGGAAACCAUUGAAUAAAACUCUAAAUGAUUACUUAAAUGUGUCAUUAAUUAACUAUAAUUACUAUUAAAUACAUGAAUGUGUAUUUUGUUAAUUCAAAGCAACAGUAUUUUUUAUAGGUAAUUAUUAAU